CUCCUGGCUCAGCGCAUGGAAGGCGAGGACAAGGAGGAACAUUUGAGGGCCGCAUUCCGUACCUUCGAUCAGGAUAACAGUGGGAAGAUAUCCGCACAGGAACUGCGUCAAGUGAUGAUCAACCUCGGUGAGAAGUUGACAGACCAAGAGAUCCAAGAGAUGAUCGACGAAGCUGAUUGUGACGGUGAUGGACAGAUCAACUAUGAAGAGUUUGUGAAGAUGAUGGUCGGCAAGUCGUGAAGAGAUGCGCCUGACUGAACCUAAACAACAUCCAGUCACUCCUACCAUCGCUUAUUAAUACUCUUCAUCAUCAUCGCCAUCAUCUUCAUCAUCACUCAAAAUUACAUCUUCAUCGUCGUCAUUUUUGCCAUCACUCAUCCUUGUUAUCGGCUGCAACAUCAGUUUCAUUAUCAUUUCGUGCUCCCCGUCAACUUUCAUUUAAUCAUCUUAGCCGUCAACCGGAAGAACAUCUUGAAACAUCAUUGUCAAUAUCAUUUUAAUUUAAUUACGUCAUUAUCUCAAUCCUUAUCACUAUUAUCAUCUUAAUCAUUUCAUCGUCAUCUUUACUAUCAUCAGCCAACUAUUUAAACGCUGUCACAGUGGCAACUUUCGUCAGAGGUUUCAUCAUUUUGACAUCGCCUGACCACGCACCGCAGUCUUCAUUGUAUUAACGUCAUCAUUGAUGUAUCAUCAUCAUCACCAUUAUCGUCUCCAUCGUCAUCAUCACCAUCAUCAUCAUCACCAUUACCGUCUCCAUUAUCAUCAUCACCGUCAUCGUUAUUAAUGUUCGCCUCUAUAUUUUCAACAUUUAUGUCUUAAAAUAUUUUAAACUACAAUCUUCAUUAACAUUUAGAAGUGUAUUAAUGAAAUUUCAUUACCAGCACAAUUUUUAAAUCAUUUAUUCAUUUAAUUUUUUAUAAUGAUUUAUUCAUUCAUUCACUCAAUUAUCAAGUUUAUAAUUAAUUAUUAAUGUCGUCAUGCAUCUUACAUUCAAUUAACUAUUAAUUUUCAAGAGUAUUCAUUCCUUUUUUUCGAAUCAUUCCCAAAAUUAUCCAUCCAUCCAUCUUCUCACACUUUCAACCUGUCAAUCCAUCUGUUCAUUCCUUCAAUUUUCACCCAUCUAUUAUUCAAUUAGUUUCAAACUAUCUUCUUUCACUCCUUCAUUUAUUCAUUAAAUUUAAACGUAACGGUAUCUUGAAAUUUUGUUUUGCCAUUUUUAAAUUUAGCGACAUAUUUUAAUAUAUAAAACUCUAUAAGUUUUAUGUGUAUAUAUAUAUAUAUAUAUAUAUAUAUAUAUAUAUAUAUAUAUAU